AUGCUGAAACUUUUUGGCGGUAACCCCGCCCAUCCCCUAUAAAACCUCCGUUCCCGCUCUUUUCCCCAGUUCCUUUUUUUCCGCCGCGUUAGCUGCCAGUAGGAACUUCGCUCUCUGUCUUUUUGGAAUCACUGUGAAAUCGACUCGGACCGUUUCUUGUCUCUGCUUUGGAUUGCCCCUAAACUGAUUUGGCUUAGACCCUGGACUGUUUUUUGACUUCGCGAUUGUCUCUCCGUCGGCCUUUCUUCCUCGCUCGUUGCCAGCCGAACCGCUUGACUUCGCUCCUCGGAUCAUGCCAUCGGUGCCUUUUAAAAAGUGCUCCGUUUGUGGGGGUAAGAUUCCCGGCCAGGAUCCCCAUUCAGCCUGCCUGUUUUGCUUGGGGGAGACUCACGUCCCGGCCUCUUGCGCUUUGUGCAAGUCCCUCACCCCCCAAGCGAGGAAAAAUCGGGAGACCAGACUAAAGGCCGCGAUCUACUCUAAGGUCUUUACCGCGGGGGCGAUGUCUUCUGCAGGAGCCUCGUCGUCUACCGCGACUCCCCUGCCCACCCUCGCUGAGGUCCCGACUCAAUCGCCAACGACCCCCGCUGUCGAGGCCCCAACUGGACUCCAGGGCCCGGCCGAAGAGGCCUCCCGGCCCCCGAAGAAAGACAAGAAGGACAAGCAUAAGAAGGCCUCCAAAGAGGGCCGAGCUGUCGAAAAGGAUUCGAGCGCCCAUAAGGGGUCCGCCUCGAAGUCCUCUGCCCCGAAGGUACCCACUUCCUCCACCUCGAAGUCGGGUCCUACCUCGAGGCCGUCGUCUACAAAAGCCCUGAUGUCUCCGGCAGGGGACAAGUCCCUAACACGGACGGAAACCCCUUCCGCAUCGAAGAGACCCCGCUCCUCCUCUCUGGAUGGUGGCCAUCAUUUAUCCAAACGUCGCCAUUCCUUGGAGCGUGACCGGGAGGGCUCUCCCCGUGUCUCUUCAGACAUAGUCCACAGUCGCUCGGAUAUCGUCCGCAGACCGUCGGACACCGACUCUCGCCCAUCAGACCCACGCCUGGCAAAAAAGAAAGGCUCAUCCUCCAAGGCUCAGGACACCAGUACCAGCUGUCUCGAUCUGGCGUCGGAGUCCAGGCCUUUACCUACCUUCCGCCACACCUCGGAAGAGGCCACCCAGCUUCUCGCCGAACCUGCUUCCCCGACUGGCUCUUGGGAUGGGCGCCGCUCUCCCACCCCGAUGCCCACCCGUACACGUCGAGUUGUCUCACCAUCCCCGACUAGAGAACCGGAGCCUGAAUACUACUAUGACUCUGAGACCGGCAGGUACUACAGAUUAGUCCCUCAGGAAGAUGUCGACGCCUUCCUCGACCACCGAGACCGGAGGACCAGGCCGAGAGCUUCCUCCAGACCUUCUAGGGUGUCGACGUUUUCACCCCGUCGUGUUGAAACCAUCACCGAGCCCGAGGUCGUCAACCUUGAAUCAGAUGAGGAGGCUUCCUCUCACACCCGUUACCGUCCAAGGGGUGACUCACUCUCAUCCAGAGAUGACGACUACCAGUCUGUCAGCCAGGAAUUCGCCCAACCCGGUGCAGUCUCUCCCUCCGACGACGUCCGGUCCUUUGCGGAACACGUCAUUAAGAUGACUAAUGCCCUCGACAUUAAGACCUCCCAGACCGAAGAGGAAGCUUCGGACCCUAUUGAAAGACGGGUCCACGGCAAGCUUCCUACACCACCAGCAAUACCACUUCUUCCCUCACUGGAAAAGUUGGCCAGGCGAUCUUGGGAAGCCCCGGCUUCGACAGCGUCCAACAAUAGGAAGGUCGAGUCCCUGUAUAGGAUCGCACCAGCUAAUCCAUCAUGGCUGUUUAGCCAUCCCAAACAGAACUCAGCAAUUGUGGAAGGCUCACAACGUUCUUCCACCCCGAAGGCUUCCUUGAUGCCAUCCGACAAGGAGGCGAAGAAAAUCGACGCCUUGGCUAAGAAAGCCUACUUUUCUUCGGCACUGGGCAUGAGGGUGGCAAAUUACAAUGCAUGUAUGGGCGCCUACAUCCAGUGGCUCAUGGAGAAGGUCUCCCCUCUGAUUCCAGACUUGCCGGAUGACUCCCAGCACAUCCUCUCUGAGGUUCGGGACGAAGCCCACUCGAUCGGAGGAUGGCUCAUCACCUCGGCCAGACACACCACCGACUGCUCUGCAAAAUCUAUGGCGGCUGCCAUUGCUCUCCGCAGACAUGCCUGGUUAAGGUCCUCGGACCUAAAUCAGAACGCUCGUUCGACCAUCGAGGACAUGCCUUUCGAUGAGGACGGACUCUUCCAUCGCGAGACCGAUGAAAAGCUUAAUUUCAAAUACAGGAUGAGGACCGCUGCAAAGAAACACGCAGGACCUGUGGUUUGCGACGAUCGACCUGAAAGACGCUUACUUCCAUGUCAGCAUCCGAGAGUCUCACCGCAGAUUCCUGGCGUUCGCCGUGGGGACGGACGCGUACCAAUACAACGUCCUGCCCUUUGGCCUAUCUACAGCUCCUCGCAUCUUUACCAAGUGCAUGGCACCGGUGAUAUCAUACCUGCACCGCCGCGGCAUGAGGGUCUUCCCGUACCUGGACGACUGGCUCUUCGUGGCUCCUUCACGUCAAGAACUGCAGAGGAACACUUCAGAGGCUCUCAAACUCUUACAAGACCUGGGACUGGUGGUCAACCUCGAGAAGUCCCAACUGCUUCCCACCAGACAAAUAAGAUUCAUCGGCUCCAUCCUCGACUCAAACAAUUCUACGGCCUACCUACCUCCAGAUCGCUUCCAGGCCCUAGUUCGAGCUGUCAGCCGGUGCACCACCUGACGGCGUAUUCCAGCCAGAGACAUCCAAGUGGCCUUGGGCCACAUGGCAUCGACGACUUUCGUCACCCCUUGGGCAAGGCUUCGAUCUCGUCCACUGCAGUCUUGGUUCCUGUCGACCUUCGACGUGGAAAGAGACCCUCCAUCCCGCAGACUCACCGUACCAAGGUCGGUCACACGCUCCCUCCGUUGGUGGCUCGAUUACCGCAACGUCUGCGUCGGUAUGCCUUUUUCGCUACCCCAGCCACAGUUGGUGCUGACCACGGACGCAUCAGAAGAAGGAUGGGGAGCUCACACCUUAGACCUGUGGGCCAAGGGCAUCUGGUCCCCAGACGAAAGGCUGCUCCACAUCAACGCCUUAGAACUGUUGGCGGUAGAAAAAGCGCUAAAAGCCUUCGAGUCCUCCCUGUCGGGGAAGGUCAUCCAGCUCAGGACAGACAACACCACGGUGAUGUACUACCUAAACAAACGGAGGCACAAGGUCGCGCACCCUCCUAGACAUCACGCUCCGACUAUGGGACUGGUGCAUUGCCCGAGACGUUUUGCUUCAAGCGGUACACUUACCGGGCACCCAGAACUCUCAUGCAGAUCUGCUCAGCAGGUCCCCCUCGUCUUGUCACGAGUGGAGGCUCCACCCGGA